AUGGAGGGGGACUGUCUCAGCUGUAUGAAGUACCUGAUGUUCAUCUUCAACUUCUUCAUCUUUCUGGGCGGCUCCUUCCUGCUGGGUGUGGGCGUCUGGGUGCUCGUGGACCCGAUGGGCUUCAGGGACAUCGUGGCGGCCAACCCGCUGUUGUUCACGGGCGUGUACGUCAUCCUGGCCAUGGGCAGCGUGUUGUUCCUGCUGGGCUUCCUCGGCUGCUGCGGCGCCAUCAGAGAGACCAGAUGUCUCCUGCUCUUUUUCUUCAUGCUCAUCCUCUUCAUCUUCCUGGCAGAGCUGGCCGCCGCCAUCUUGGCGUUUGUCUUCAGGGAACACUUAACCAGAGAGUAUUUCACCAGGGAGCUGAAGCGUCACUAUCAAGGCCACAACAACAGUGACGUCUUCACGUCCACGUGGAACGCCAUCAUGUCCACGUUCGACUGCUGUGGCGUCAGCGGCCCCGAGGACUUCGAGGAGAGUGUCUUCAGGCUCCUCAGCCCCAGUCGGAUGGUUCCUGAGGCCUGUUGCCAGAGGAACAGUUUCCAUGGAGACGUGAGCGUGGAGCAGUGCGUGAGCGGCAGCGCCACCUUCAGACACAACAAGGGCUGUUACUCAGCGACGGUGGAUUAUUUUGAGACGUUCAUCUACAUCGCCGGAGCUCUGGCCAUCGUGGUGCUGACUAUUGAAAUCUUUGCCAUGGUGUUUGCGAUGUGUUUGUUCAGAGGGAUCCAGUGACGACUGUCGUCGCCGUGGAAACACAUCUGUAUGAGCUGUAUUUGUGAUCCUUCACGUGUCUCGUUGGUUUUGUGGCAUCGUUUUGUUUCUCACAGCAGCGGACGCACACAGGAAGUGAACCCUGACCUGAGAGACGGGUUACCACGACGAUCCAAGGUUCAACUGGAAACACACGUCUCACUUUACAACCUCAUCUAUUUCACUGAUUGUCAGGAUCAGUGAAGAUUCAGUCCAGGAGUCGUUGACGCGCUCGUGAACGCGAUAUUUCAGGAACUCCUCGUGAGAAUUUCUACACAUUUGACACAAACGUUCACGUAAACUCGAGGACGCAAAGGUCAAUGUUCGAGGUCACGACACGUUUUUGACCAUAGCUCAAGAAGUUAUACUUUAAUGAUUAUUAUUCUGAAAUUCAAAUGUCCCUUCACGUGUGAAUCUGGUGUAAGACGGAUGUGAA